ACAAUCAUUCACCCAUUCAUUCAUCCAACCCUUGUUCUGCAUUUAUUUCACUGCCACUUCCUUGCACAUAGAUAGAUCUGCUUAUCUUUUCUAUCAUUAAUGGCUGCUUCUUACUACACAACUCAAAUUCUUGUUAGUUUAAUCACUACCUUUAUGGCAUUUUCAUGUACACUUGUCUCAUGUAAGAAUGUGCCUGCCUCCACCAUUUCUGCUGCACCUGCAUUGCUGCCUGACCCCAUUUCUCCAACAUCUCCGCCUGCGUUAUCACCAGAUAUUUAUCCAGUUUUCCCUUCACCGGGUGGCCCAGAGCUUGCUCCAAGUGACUCCUCAGUUCCCUUAAUUCCCUCCAGCCCCAGUCCUCCAAAUCCUGAUGCAUUUGCAGCUCAGGGCCCCGGGGCUGCAUUUUCACCUUUGGGGAUGCUGCCGGAUUCUUCCUCACACCGGCCACACGUGGAGGUGGUCUUGUGCUUGGUGGUGGUGCUGUUUGCUUCCUUUUGGGUAAAUCCAGCUUUAGUUUAUGUUUUGUGAUGAUCUUCUUAUUUCUUAGUCUUUUAUCUAAGUAUUGAAAUACUAUGUUUUAAUGAGUCAUUUGUUUUUUUACUGGUUCUGAUGUUUUUUGUAGUUUUGUAGAGAAUUUAGGGGUUUAUUCUUAUGGCUUUCUGAAUAAUGUUGAAUUCAUUAAUAUAUUUGUUCUGUUCUUAGCAUUCUAAAA